AUGCCAAGUUACAAUGUUUCUCUGGUUUGCACGACAUGGAGAGCUGUAUCACGGUCCGAGUUGCUAUGGCAGAAUCUGGUACGCAUUGUUUGGAACUCAACUGACCUCCUUCACCCUACUUGGCGUGACCAGUUCAUCACUCUCCAUCGCACGUCUCGUAAUUUUCGUGUUAGUCGUUACGAUUACUUUGUCCUUCGCCUUUCUGAUCACCCCCUUGCUGCCGCGCAAGGGGGUGGUGAUGAUGGCGGUGGUGGUGAUGCUGAUCACCUCCCUCUUUUGUGUCUCCGCAUUGCCCUUGCUGAUGAUCACUUGGCUCUAGGCUUUUCGAACGGGUCGGUCCGGGUGUUUCACCUUCCCUCCCGGGUUCACCUACGUACCCUUCAUCCUUUGCUACGUGACCACCUUGGCUUGUUCUCCCGUGCAGUGUCUGGCAUUGUGUUACAACCCGUUGUCGUUAUUGAUCGGGUCGUGUUCGCCUCGCUUGAUGGCGACAUCCACGUCGCUUCCCCUCUUGGCGGGCCCGGCCCGGCCCGUCGGGCUUACUUGGGAGAUGUUGUCAACGAUGGUGCCCUAGUUGACUUCACGGGUGGCGAUCGGUUUUGGGUUGGGCUCUACGCGGGUGUCCCGGGUAGGGCGUUUCGAGUGUGGGAUGCGGACUCUGAGGAGCUUCUUUUUAGGGGCGGAUCACUAACCGAUCCGGAGUCCGUGAUGGGGUGGCACAUGCUAACCGAGAUUCGACCUAGGGAGUUCGUGGGCCGGAUUCGAGUGGCACCCCAAGGGGUGGCAGUAGGAGUAACUAGUCUUAGAGCAUUGGUACUAAACCUAGAGGAGGCAGUGAUGGUGAUGGGGCAAGAGCCAUCUCGACGAGGGAUUAUCGUGGGGUCGGUUGAUGCAAACGACAACGCGUUUGUUAUGGUAGACACUCGUGGGGUGGCAAGUGUACGACAACUGCGUACACUCGAGGAGGUGUGUCGAUUCUCAGUGUCACACCGAGGUGCACAAGCAUCAUCACUAAUGGGAUUGCUAGGGUGCAUGAAUAGCAUGUACGUAGUAAUGUGCAUUGGUGGUACAAUGAGAGUGUGGGAUGCUGAUCAUGGAGAGUACUUGUACAGCUUGAGAGAGUGGGUAGAGGAGACGACCGCAGUCGCGGCCAACGACCGACAUGUGGUGGCUACAUCUAGUGACACAACCAUUCACCUGUGGGAUUUUGGUGCUUGA